ACGCAGCCCACCAAAUUGCCGAACGCAAAAGCGAGAAAAAGGAAGUCGGCAGCGCACAAAUACAGUACAAGCACGGGACAUUGUUGGCUGACUGUAGAAGAACCGGUACGCUGCGUUUUUGCUUUUAGGGCUUGAAGAUCUGUUCCUCCUUCGACGCCAUGGGAUCUGUUCUGGCAUUUACAGAUGAUGGGGUUCUACCUGUUAGUCUAGUUUUUGAUGCAUUAAGGGAGCUCGGGACCGAAAAGUGUGAACCUCAAAUUGUCACUCUGUCUUCUUCAAAUCAGCUGCCGGUGGGGUCUUCCUCUGUGGACAUUGUGUUUACUCUUUGUAGAUCGAUUGAAUUUCCAAAUGAGCAGUUGUUAGGGGAAGUCUCAAGAGUCUUGAAGCCUGGUGGAACAGUCCUAAUUUACAAGAUAUCCGAUGCUUCGACAGGGGAAACAGAUAAGACCACCUCCGUUCUUGAGCGCAAGUUACUAUUGUCUGGUUUUCUAGAAGCAAAAGCUCUUCAAGUGAAAUCAAGUUUACCAUCUGAGCUAUCUUUUGGGGUCAAGGCUAAAAGGCCGUCUUGGAAGAUUGGUUCAUCCUUUGCCUUAAAAAAGACCACAAAAAAUUUACCAAUUCAGAUCAAUGAUGAGUCAGAUCUCAUUGACGAGGAUAGUUUACUAACAGAAGAGGACUUGAAGAAACCCCAGCUGCUUUCUAGUGAUUGCGAAGUUGGAAGCACAAGGAAAGCUUGUAAAAACUGCACUUGUGGGAGAGCUGAAGAAGAGCAGAAAGUAGAGAAGUUAGGCUCCACAGUAGAUUUGAGCAAUUUCAAGUCGCAAUGUGGCAGUUGUGGACUAGGGGAUGCUUUUCGAUGCGCUACAUGUCCUUUUAAAGGUCUUCCUCCAUUCAAACCCGGCGAGAAGGUAUCACUGUCAGCGAACUUCCUUACAGCAGACAUCUAGACUAGAACCGCCUUCUUCAGAUACAUCUGAAUGGUGCUAUGUGUUGAUGGUAUUCUUUGCUCAAGUUACCGCGCUUCGGAUAUAUGAACUUUUGGGUCGCUCUCUCUGGAUCAAAACAUAAAUUCUGGUUCAGAAUUUGACAGUGUGUCCUUAGUUUGGUCCAUGUUGUCAAUGUCUUAUUACCGUCGGAUAAAUUUGUUUCUUAGGUUUAUGUUUGUCUUCGAUUUCCAAAGCAACAGUGCUUAUUCCAGAUAAUAAUCAGAAACUUGUUAUGUACCUUCUGCUGCAAUGCAUUAGCUCACGCUUCUCGACUA